AUGUCAGACUUAAAACCUGAGAAUAUCCUCCUGGAUGAUCGGGGACACAUCCGGAUUUCAGAUCUUGGUCUGGCUCUGGAAAUCCCAGAAGGAGAGACGGUUCGAGGAAGAGUCGGAACCGUCGGUUACAUGGCUCCGGAAGUUCUCAAUAAUGAACAUUACACAUUUAGUCCUGAUUGGUGGGGACUUGGCUGUCUGAUAUAUGAAAUGAUUCAGGGACAUUCUCCAUUCAGAAAACUCAAAGAAAAAGUCAAACGGGAAGAGAUCGACCGAAGAGUGAAGGAGGUCACUGAGGAGUACUCCAAGAAGUUUUCAAUGGACGCCAAAUCUAUCUGCCAGAUGUUACUCACCAAAGAUCCAAGUGAACGGCUGGGCUGUAUGGGCGAUGGAGCUGCUGGAGUGAAGCAGCACCCGGUGUUCAAGGACAUUAACUUCAGCAGGCUAGAAGCAAAUAUGUUAGACCCCCCUUUCUGUCCUGAUCCUCACGCCAUUUAUUGUAAGGAUGUGUUGGACAUUGGGCAGUUCUCCGUGGUGAAAGGAGUCUACCUGGACACCACAGAUGACGCCUUCUACGCUCAGUUUGCUACCGGGUGUGUCUCCAUCCCCUGGCAGAAUGAGAUGAUUGAAUCUGGAUGUUUCAAGGACAUCAGCGAAGGGGAAAAUGAGGAAAAUUUGCCAGCAAAUCAAGGAAAGAAGUGUACCACAGUUUCCAGACCAAAAAGAAACUUCCUCUGUAGACUCUUCGAUAGAAUGGGUUGCCUCAACAUUGGCAAGACGGAAAGAGAAUGAACGCAACACUGACUGUUCACUGUGCAGACCACAGAGCCAGACCUUGGUGCUAAGAAGGAGUAUGCUCUGAGAGUCCGAUCCUAUCCAUGAACCAUAAUAAACAGAUUACACGACACAGUUUACAGUGUGCCUUAACAGAUUUUUUCCAAUACCUGCACUUUCUUUUCACUGAAGUAGAUAAAGAAAAAGCCUGAGAGUCCUACAGUGGUGCCCAGAAGUCCCAGAUGUGGACUGUUUGUGCGAUUGAGUUCCAGGGAGAUGAAUGACAAGUUCACACCAGCCUAGCAUUUCCAUGCUCCUUACCUCAGGAUUGUUCCAAGUACUCAGUGAAGGAUGCAGUGGGCCAGGAAGUGAGGGAGGUGAGUUGGGGUCCUCUUUCCCCAGGGUUUUGGGUACUGGAAAGUCCUUUCUUGUUUUCAUUCCCAUUGUCUCCUAGUGGCCAUGAUGUCCACCUUCCCAAGAGACCUUGUGUCUGGUUUUAAGUUUUCUCCAAGCAUACUUACCUGCACUGUGAAAGAGAGUGGCUUUCCAUGACUCUGGUCAGGGUGUGGCAGUCAG